AUGGCUUACUCCGGGCUCCCCCUCUUCCCGCCGAUCCCAGCCUCAAUCCGGCGUCGCAUCCUCCACCUGUACUCCUCGCACAGGGCUGCACCCAAGAGCCACGAGUCCAGCAGGGAUCCGCGACGGGGGCUGGUGGCUUCGUCGGAACCACACCUGUUGUGUCACGAUCAGACGUGGGCGCCAGCCACACCCGAGGCGCGGCCUGCAACGGCCAGUGGCGAUUGGGACUCGUUUGAUUCUUCCGCUUCUGGAAUAUCAGACAGCCCCCGGCUCGACGGGGCAGGAUGCCCGGUGAACUAUGAAACGCAGUCGGGGUUGCGAUGGAACCGUGUCGUUCCUGCAUUCAAUCUCUUGCGCAAUGCCGGGUUCGAGGCUCAGCAGCCACAUGCCGACGGCACCCUGGCUAGAUCCCUUUAUCUCAAUGCGCUCGUCUAUCUGCUGGAGGCCCUGCCUUCUGACCUCACGCCUGAAGAGACAUCCUUGCUCCAGCAUCACAUCCCGGACUCAGUCAGAACAUCUCCAGCCUCGUGUCCCCAGCCAGACAGUGAGCAUGUCGAUCCCGCUACAUCCUCCCACUCCCAACUGCCCGCUAGAUCGUACCUCCACAGACUCCUGGCUUGUAUGAUUGUGCAAUUCUGUCUGCUGGUACGGUUUCUGCUCCCUUUUGCCAGGCUUUUGCUGCGUCGGCUAUACGAAUAUGAGCGGUCCCAUCGCAUCACUGAGCGCAUUGUCACAGCUACUCUGGACACAGCCGAUGGCUUGGGCAAAAGCAGUGCCCAGAUUGGGUCUACUGUGCUCAAUAUGAAUGAGGGUCGGGUUGGAACUGCGGUGUCGAGUGCUGCGGCUUGGUGGAUCGAGGGCGUGGCGGGUGGAAUCUAUGAAGGGGUAGGGGAGGGCAUGCUGCAUCUCGGAUUACUGGGACCGGGCUUGGAGUUGAAUCAAGUGUCAAUGCAAACAUCACGUAGACAUUGA